AUGCGCAUACAACUACUUUUUCUGCUUCUCAUCUUGGUGAUAUGUGCCUAUACAUACGAUCCAGUGAAGGUGAACUAUAAGGAGAAGGGUUUGGCUAAUAAAGAUAAACCAUUGAAAGUGGUUCUGACAAAGGAUGAAGAGUAUGAUGAGGAUGUUCCGACUGUCAGUAUCAGAGACUUGGAGAAAAAAGUUAAAAAAACGAAGAAGGUGGUAGAAGAAGAUGAGGAAGAAGAGGAUGAGGAGGAGGAAGAAGAAGAAGAACCAGCUCCAAAAAAGAAACCAUCAAAAAAGAAGUCGAAAAAGGUGGAUCCAAAGAAAGAAGCGCAAAAGAAAAAGAAGAUACCCGUAACAGAUCUACCUGCUCCCGAUUCUACCGCCGUUCCUAACAUGACAUCAUUUGAUAUUCUCGAACUUACGAGAGAAUUGAGAAUUCAAAAAUUGAGAGAUAUAAUCAGCAAUCCACCUGUCAGCAUGAUUGAAACGAUGAGAAAGGCCUGCAACUUUGAAACCUCUGGAGACAAUGAACUCUGCCACUGCGACAUGGAAGAAAUGAACUGCAAUUCGAGAUUUGACCUGUCUUUCAAUCAAAUUCGGUAUAUGGACAGUGAUGUGUUCAAACCAUUUACCAAUUUGAGCAAUCUCGAUCUGUCUCACAACAACUUGCAAAGCAUCAAGAAAGCCGUUUUUGAUAACAUAAAAGACACUCUCCAUCGUUUGGAUAUUGGUUACAAUCGCAUCAAAUCACUUCCUGAUGGUGUCUUUGAAGGACUUUCCAAUUUGAAAACUCUGUUCCUAGAUGGAAAUCCAAUCAAAGAGUGGAAAAAAGAAAUGUUCAAAGGACUUGACAAUUUGGAGAAACUUAGUAUGGACAACUGUAAACUCGAAAGUCUUCCAGCUGAUCUUUUUGAACAUCUACCGAAAUUGAAUACAUUGUCUCUUCGCGAAAACCCAUUCGAUGAGAUUCCAUCAGCAGUCGCUAACAAGAAAUCUUUGAAGAAUGUUGAUAUGAGUGCCACAAACCUCACUGAGAUUCGUGAUCAUGCAUUUGCCGGAGACUCAGAUCUUGAGGAAAUAAAUCUGGAGCGAAUGCCAUACUUGAGUGCUGUCAGAGAUUGUGGAUUCUGUGAACUUUCGAAGCUCAAAUUUCUCAUGCUGAAUGAUAAUCAGAAACUGAUCGAACUCCAUCCAAACGCUUUCGGAUUCAUUAAGUCUGAUCCAGGACACAAGGCGGCCGCACUCACCACUUUGUAUCUGGACAACUCAAAUCUCAACUUCAUCAGUGAGCACAUGAUUGACUAUGACAAUCUUCAAUUGUUCAAAAUUGGAAAUAACCCUUGGAAAUGUGACUGUGAUACUCAAUUUUUGCUGGAAGAGAAGUUCUCCUUCAAGCAAGACUCUGUCGCUCCAAAAUGCGCUUCCCCAGCUGCUCUCCAAGACAAGUUCCUUGCCACUGUUCGUGCGUCGGAUGCUUGCGAUCGAGCACGAUUCCUGGGAAGAUCUGGACGAUUCAGUUCGGUGCUGGGAUUGGCGCUUCUCGCUGGAUUCCUCGCCAUUGGAGGAUACUACAUGGUUUCGUCUGGAAAAUUGGAGAAACUUGUCAGAAGGGUGAGAAAGGAGCCAGAAGUGACAUAUACCAACUUGCAAAACGGAGGAGAAGACAUUGGACUGGAAACUGACUUCCAGCCAAGACCAGCUGAAGUUUAA